CAAAAUCUCAGUUUAAUCCAUUUUAAAUUGAAGCUGUAACACAGCAAAAUGUGGAAAAAGUCUGGGGGUGUGAAUCUUUUCUGAAGACACGUAUGUAUUUGCAGAAAUGGGAAUUGGCUACAAUAAAUACAUGUGUCUAUGCCUGUUUCAUUUAUUUUGCUCUUUAUAACCAACAAUUUCUUCAAAUCUGAUCAGAGAUACGCAUAACUAUGCACAACUAUAAAAAAUAAAAAAAACGUAACAGUUAAAAAUUUAUUCCAGAAACUGUUUGAUAAAAAGUUUAUUCGCCAUAUCAGUUUGUUUGAGUUAACGGUGCGAAGACCAAGCAAGCUGUCGCCAUCGCACAGCAUGCUUGGUUAUCAACAGCAAUACAUCAAAUCAAUUUAAUGAAACUUGGAAGGGGCGCGCCUUCAAAAAGAAGAAAUUGUUUCAUUUUGAAAAGGGAAACUAAAGGCGAUGGAUGGACUGAGCUGAAAACCAGAGCAAGUGAUGGAGAACAAACGUCUCCCAGCAACUUAUUGAGUAAUUGGAGGACCAGACAUAGCGAACUAUGACCGAUUCUGGACCGUCUAGAAAAAUGUCACGGGCAAAGUUGGUGAUACUUGGACGAGACAACUGUGGAAAGACAGCCCUGUGUGUUAGAUUCAUCACCAAGCGCUACAUAGGAGAGUAUGACCAUAAAAAGGAAGUAACUUACAGGUGUCGGAAAACUGUGGACAAGGAGACCAUCGAUUUGGAGAUAUUGGACACAGCCAACAAGGAGUGUGUGGGUUCUGCAGCACCUUCUCUUGAGAGUUCCAUUAAAUGGGGCGACGGUUUCCUUAUUAUGUAUUCCAUCACAGACCGGAGCAGCUUUGAGUCCGUCUCACGCUUAAAGAGGCUUAUUGAUCAUGUCAAGCAGACCCUGGGCAGGCCUACUGUAAUAGUUGCGAAUAAAUGUGACAUAGAGAAUGGAAGGGUGGUGCGGACAGAAGAAGGAAAGGCCCUUGCCAGUGAUCUGAGGUGCAGCUUCUUUGAGUUGUCUGUGGCGGAGUGUUCUGCGGCUGUGGAGGUAGCGGUUGAGAAGUUGGUACGAGAGGUGCGUCUGGAGUACCACCGCCACCUACUGGCCAUGGACAAACGCUCACGCAUGCUCCAGAUGAGGCAUGCACUGAGCCGCAAGCUCACCCGCAGCAAGACCAUGCAGUGGUGACCAAGGCAGCUCAGUCUGGCCCCCUGAGAACUGACUGAAGAUCUACCGUUCCUAUCUUCAUCUGCGUUAUGCGAAAGUUGACAGCGAGAGGUCAGUGGCUAGUUUCCUUAUAACAAGCACAUAGAAGUUGGAGAAGAACACUGACUUCAUGGGUUUGGAAAUAAUGGACAGCAUUUCACACAAAGUAUAUAUAUUGUGUGUCUAUGGCUACAUAUUUGGUUAAUGCACAAUUGCAUAGGGGUUCACACUGCUUUGAUAUGGCACUUGACAACAUCAAUGGGAGUUUGACAGAAAGCAGCUGAAAAUGGAUCGGAAGUUGCACUUUGACCAGGAGGUAUUAUCUUCUGUUUGACAUUGAAUUAUGGGUAAUUCCAUUAUUACAAAAAGAUUAGUGUCUACAGUGUUUGUAAGGAGAACUGUCACACACUAAAUCUUGAUGGCUGUUUAUAAUCAGGAUAUAUUUAUACAGAGAGAAGAGAAGUCACAAUUACAACUUUGUAAUUUUAUUAAAAAAUUGUCAAAUAAAUAAAUACAAAUUGAUCGAAUGCUCCAAAAAUCUCGACUUACUCUGACACUGCAAUGGAAUUUGCCAAACACUGCAUACAAAUAGCUACAUAAAAUAACUAAAGUACAGGAAAGAGGUAAAGGAAAUCAGUGGAUCACAGGCAACAAAAAGGAUAGGUAACAAAACCGUAGUCAAAAAUAAACAAAUACUUCUUUAAAAAAAUUGUGAAAAAAUACAACUGACAAAUAUUACAAGAGAGUAUGCAGUUUGUGUAAUAAACCAUUUACACUAUAUUCAGCACAUUAGUGCCUGUGACUUGCUUGAUUUGCUACAAUGCAUCUUAACCAAGAGGAAGAAUGCUUUACGUUAAGAAAAAACCUUCUAAAUUUAUGAAAUGAUAUGAGUGCAUGAGGUAAGAGGUGGGACAGAGUUUACAAGAAAGGGGGGUCUCCAUAUCGAUGGCAAUGAAAUGCAACUAGAAUACUUGAAGGCCACAGAUGUGACAUGAUAUAGCAUGAGAAUAACUGUUUUCAGAACUAAUCAAGAUAUGCAGAGAAUCCAAAGUAAUGAAUGCACUGGUAUGGAUGAAGAAUCUACUCAAUAUUGGUUUCCUAAUUGGUUGCUCUCAUUGUGAAUAAUAUUUAGCUGGUGUACAUCAUAAAUGGAAAUAAAAAAUGCUUUAAAAUCAUUCUUUGGAUAUUAACGUUGUUUCCAAUUUUUUUUUACCACAACAUGACAUUUACUUUCUUUCACAGCACAAAGUACUACACAAUAUUUGAGUUGGCCAUACCACAUCCUCCCCUAUUUUCCUCCCUAUAUCAGAAAAUACAAACAAUUACGCCCAUAAUAUUCAGCACUUUGCCUUCAAAGUUAUGAUCCAAUAAAAGUCACUAAUUGAGAAGAAUAUUUAAUUUCCUACACGAGUCAUUGGGGUACGUAUACAGUAUAUGAAACAUUUAAUGGUACAGCUGUAGUUUUCAAUAUGCUGCUGUAACACUUUACAUUAAGGUAGCCUAUACCCUUCAUCACUGGUCUAUAAAGUGUUACUUCUUAGUUAUGGGUUUUAAACUAAAAUCUGUAAACUACUAAAUAACAGUCUAUAAACUACUUAUAACUAUUUUAUGAAAGGUACCUUAAAGUAAAGUGUUCCCAAGGUUGGAAAGGUUAAAUUCAGUUCUAAAUGGAAUGGUUUUUAUAAGUAUAAUCAUGUCCAUACAAUCUAUUUGCAUAUGUAGGCAUAGCUUUGUUGAGGUUUUGACAACUGUAGGAGUUGUUUUUUUUGGCUCACCAUGCUGAGCAAAGAUAGGGAGAGUAUUUGCUGAGAUCCUUAUUAUUUCUAUUGCAUUAUUGAGGCACUGAGAGCUACAUUUUCUAAGCUUCUGCAC